UUCCGUCAAUCAACUAAAUCAAACCAAACAAACGCUGAAAGUAAAAUAUAUUUUUUUUUAAUGGUAUUUAUAAAUACCACGCCGAAAACCUAAAGAUUUUAGUUUUGUUAUGAAUAUUGUUGAAAUAAUAACAAAAAAUCCAUACUUAUUUCUUUAUUUGAAUUCAUUAAUAUUCGAUAUUAUACGAAAUGUUCUAACUUCUAUCACAAGUUUAAAUAUCUGUUUACAAUGACUAUGUCUGGUGACGGUAUUGCUGGAGGCUCACAAGUGGUCCUCGUCACGGGAGGAUAUGACCAUACUAUAAAGCUAUGGCAAGCACACAGCGGCGUGUGUUUAAGGACUAUGCAACAUCCUGACUCGCAAGUCAACGAUUUAGAAAUCAACCCUAGUGGUCAAAUGGUGGCAGCAUGUGGUUAUCAGCAUAUACGAAUGUACGAUUUAGCCAGCGCCAACCCUGACCCUGUUAUGAACUUUGAGGGAGUCACAAAGAAUGUUUCCCGUGUUGGAUUUCAGGAAAAUGGUCAAUGGAUGUACACAGGUGGAGAAGAUUGUACAGCUAGAAUCUGGGAUUUGAGAGCCGGCAGACAAUUCCAAUGCCAGAGGAUAUUCCAAGUUCCUGCUCCAGUGAAUGCAGUUGUAUUACAUCCAGACCAGUCUCAGAUCAUGGUCGGAGGACAGACUGGGAUUAUACACAUAUGGGACCUGAAGACUGAUCAUAAUGAACAACUGAUUCCAGAAGCGGAAGCAUCCAUCCAAGACAUAGCGAUAGAUCCAUCAGGCAAAUUAAUGGCCGCGGUGAACAACAAGGGCAGUUGUUACGUGUGGGCGCUGGACGGGUCGCCCGCCCGCCCCGUGCCGCGCAAGCACCUCGUCGCUCACCACAAGUACGCGCUGCGGUGCAAGUUCAGCGCGGACUCCUCCAUGCUAGUGACAACGUCGGGCGACUGCUCGGCGCGGGUGUGGCGCACCCGGGACUGGUCGCUGGCGCGCGAGCUGCGACACGACACGCAGCGCUGGGUGUGGGACGCCGCGUUCACUGUCGACUCGCGGUAUCUGUUCACCGGCUCGUCAGACAGCUACGCGCGACUAUGGGACCUCGAGAAAGGCACUCUAGAGCGAGAGUAUUGCGGCCAUCAGAAACCCAUCACGGCUCUCGCUUUUCGUGAUCAACCCGUUUAAAUUAAAACGUUUUUUGUACCUCAGUUGAAUGUAAAACAUAUAAAACUAAAACUUUCCGAGUUUGUACCAUUUUUUGUAUCGUUAGGUUUACAAAAUUGUCAAAUUGUUACGAGAAAAUAUAUAUUAAUGCUGUAUUUUAACGCGAUAGCAUUGUUCCUUUCUAAUAAUUACAUUAACAGCUUUUGAAAGAAACCAGAAAUAUUAUUCAGGUUUGAAAUAAAGUGGGAAGAACUUGUGUUCAUAUUAUUUUACCCAUAGAAAAUACGAUCAUUACUUUAUGUAUAGGAUCGUCACUACUAGGUUAAGAAAACUCAUAGUCUUAGAAUAAAUUGACGUUUUAUUCUUGCAUUUAUUGUAUAAAUAUUUCGUAUCUAAUGUAAAUACUGUUUGUAAUAAAGAACAACUUGACGAUA